AUGCAUGGAAUAAAAAGAAGACAAUGGACGGAUGAAUCGUUGGCGCAGAAGAGAGCCUUAGAUCAGGAAAAGAUUAAGCACUAUAGAAACCUAAAUAAUAAGCUUUUAGCAAAGAAAACCGCUAAAAAGUAUGAUGAUGCAUCGCUUGUUGAUACUACGAGACUUUUAAGUCUUAAUCCAGAAUUUAAUUCAAUUUGGAACUACCGAAGAGAUAUUAUUAGUGCAAUUAAAGAUACCCUUGACGAAAACUUUUGGGAGAGGGAACUAGAAUUUACUAUGGAUCAAUUGCGUAGUUUUCCGAAAGUUUAUUGGAUUUGGAAUCAUAGGGUUUGGUGUCUAAAUAAUUAUCCUGGAAGUUCAAUUGAAGUGUGGAAGCGAGAACUUGUAAUCGUUGGAAAACUAUUAGAAAUGGAUCCAAGGAACUUCCAUGGAUGGCACUAUAGAAGAAUUAUCAUUGCUAGUAUUGAAAAAAUAAGCGAUUCAAGUAUGAAUAAGCAUGAACUUGAAUACACUACCACUAUGAUCAAUGGUAAUAUAUCAAACUUUAGUGCGUGGCAUCAACGAUGUCAACUUAUUCCAAAAAUGAUUAAAAUGCACGAACUUGGUGACUUAAAUGAGUUUAUCCAAAAAGAAAUUAACUACUUAAUCAAUGCGAUGUUUACCGACGCAGAAGAUCAAUCUGUAUGGAUGUAUGUGAAAUGGUUCAUUAAAGAAAAGUGUAUCAUUGAGCACUUAACGACGGAUGCAUAUAUUGCGAUGCUACAGAAGUUUAAAGAAAACAUUCUUUAUAUCAAUGAGGAUGAAUUAGAAUUUAGCGGCAAGGAGAAUGUCUGGUGCUUAAAAGCCUUGAUAGUAAUUGAGUCUAUUGAGACUUCUGAUUUGAAUCUCACAAGUGAUUGCAAAAAAGAAGACUAUCUAAAUAGAUUGAUCGAAUUAGAUCAGCCUAGAAAGAAUAGGUAUCGUCACAUGUUAAAUGAUGCUUAA